AUGAAAUUUCUCAAUGCUCACUGUUUGACAAAUUCCCUUUCGUCUCGUCUUGUCUCGACAAUAGUUAAACGUACAUUAGAGCUGGCUCUACACUACAAUUUAAAAAAAACAUACAAUAUAACAAUGGCUUCCGUAUCACCCAAAUCACUAAACACUCCAAUCUCAGCACAUCUAACCAUACACUACAAACCCAUCCCCAACACCACCACAAACUUCGACCCCAAUGAUAAAAUCACUUCCCAACCAAUGAACAAAUCUCAAAUAAGAGUAGUGCGUACCAUAUUAAACAUCAACUCAAACAAAAAUAACCUAUCGGACAAUUCAUCUCAUUCGAACCAUAACCUCGCGCACCCUCAUACAUGUCCCCUUCUCGACCAGGGUAACAAGAUAGACGUUCACGACCUACUACAAUGCGUCCAUGAACACUCCAUAUUGAGAAGAGCAAGCGAAUCACAUAUCCCAAAUUUCAAUCACACUCCAAAGAUACUACAACAACAACCUUCCCCCGUGGGAGCAGCUACACAUCCAUUGCAGAGAACCGUGUCGUACGCUUCAGAUAGCGAUAAUAGAGUAGCUUAUUUACCUACAAUCCCAUCGAGGGGCUCAUUCACAAAUUCUUAUCGUAAUGACAAGAAAUUGCUACCCCUGGAAGAAAUGGAUGAUGAUGAUUCUUUGAAUGAAGCUGCAUUGAAUUGUAAGACAAGUCCGCCUAUAAAUGAAUCCUCGUCGGAGGAAUCUUCUUCAUCAAGGUUAUCAUCCAAUAAAUCAUCCCGGGAAUCACUGGACGAGGAACAAGAACAGGAGCAGGAACACGAUCAUAAAUUGAACGUGUCGUGUCUUUGCAAUAAGCAUCAUCAUAGAAGAAAUUCCGUCGCUGUAAGGUUCAACAAGGCCAUAUAUAAGGAAUUUUAA